AUUAGAUACACUGUCGCCGAUUUGAUACAUCACGUAUCUCACCGUCAUAUCCAACGGUGUACAACUCGCUACACGUAAGUCACCGUACGGUUGAGCCCAUUUCAUCAAUCUCGCACCUCUCUCUGCUACAUUUCAUUUCCCUCUCAAACCUUCACACUUCUGUGUGUCCUCUCUCUCUCUAUCUCCUCUGUCUCAUGCAAACACAGCAAAACCCUUGAGUUCUUGUGUGAGAAGCCAUGGACGUUGUUCAGGUGAAGCAAGAAGUGAUAGAAGCUUCAAUUCCUAAGGAGCCAAAGAAAAAACCAGAGGCUUCGAAGCCAAUGUCUGUGAUCGAUCUCAGUUCCAGCGAUUCCGAUUCUGAUUCGUCCGAUGAUUCUUCCUCUGACGACGACGUUGACGUGCUUGGACUCAUCGGGAAGAGGACUAGGGUUUCGAACGGCGCCGGAGGAGGUUCGUCGAAGAAGAAGAAGAAAUUGGCUGAGUUAGGAGCGGCUUUGCCGGUCGGAUUUCUGGAUCCUCUGCCGCGCAAGGAGGCGGUCACGCCGCCACCGCCACUGCCGCAACAGACGCCGCUCGUUCCGAGGCCUCAAUCAACGCCCAUUGUGAAUGCGAGUACGAACAAGCAGUUCUGGAAGGCCGGUGAUUACGAAGGAACUGCGUGUGGAGAUUGGGAUAACUCGUCAGGUGGUAUGGAUCAUGUCAGAGUUCAUCCGAAGUUCCUACACUCCAAUGCAACCAGCCAUAAAUGGGUUCUUGGCGGUUUUGCUGAGCUUUUGGACAAUUCAUUGGACGAGGUAUGCAAUGGAGCUACAUAUGUCAACAUAGAUAUGCUAAAUAAUAAGAAAGAUGGUAGCAAAAUGUUGCUGAUUGAAGAUGAUGGUGGUGGGAUGGAUCCCGAUAGGCUGCGACAAUGCAUGUCUCUUGGGUAUUCCUUGAAAAGCAAAGUAGCAGAUACUAUUGGACAGUAUGGGAAUGGUUUCAAGACGAGUACCAUGAGGCUUGGAGCUGAUGUUAUUGUGUUCUCACGUUCCCCUGGAAAAAAAAGGCCCACACAGAGCAUUGGAUUGUUAUCCUACACAUUUUUAAAGAGCACCGGGAAAGAAGAUAUUGUAGUUCCCAUGCUUGAUUAUGAAAGAGGAGGACAAGAAUGGAACAAGCUGAUUCGAUCAUCUGCUGGUGAUUGGAAUAAAAAUGUUGAAACAAUCGUGCGAUGGUCUCCAUUUUCAAGUGAAGUAGAUCUUAUGCAACAGUUUGAUCAGAUGAAAGAUCAUGGUACACGCAUAAUCAUAUACAACCUUUGGGAGGAUGACCAAGGACAGUUGGAACUUGAUUUUGACUCUGAUCCAUAUGACAUCCAAAUAAGAGGUGUCAACCGAGAUGAGAAGAAAAUACAAAUGGCAAAACAGUUUCCCAACUCCAGACAUUUCUUGACAUAUAGGCAUUCAUUUAGGAGUUAUGCAUCAAUUCUCUAUCUCAGAAUCCCUCCUGCUUUCCGAAUUAUUCUUCGUGGGAAAGAUGUUGUGCACCACAAUGUUGUAAAUGAUAUGAUGUUUACCCAGGAGGUUACGUAUCGGCCGCAGCCUGGUACUGACGGGAUUCCAAAGGAUUCAAAUGUAAUGUGCCUGAUUGAACAUUUGAUUUUUUUGCCUGGUUACUGUGAUAAUUUGUGCUUAUUGGUCCUCUACCAUUGUGGUAAUCAGAUGAUUGCUGUCGUAACUAUUGGAUUUGUGAAGGAUGCACAAUCUCAUAUUGAUGUUCAAGGAUUCAAUGUCUAUCACAAGAAUCGACUCAUUAAGCCAUUUUGGAGGCUUUGGAAUGCUGCUGGAAGCAAUGGUCGUGGAGUCAUAGGUGUAUUGGAAGCCAAUUUUGUUGAACCAGCUCAUGAUAAACAAGGAUUCGAGCGCACAACAGUUCUCUCAAGACUUGAGGCGCGGCUGGUACAAAUGCAAAAGACAUACUGGUAUACAAAUUGUCAUAAAAUUGGUUAUGUUGCUCCACAUUGGAACAAGAAAAAUAUUGAAGACAAAGAUAGUUCUCCUGAUCAUCUUCUUCAAACUUCAUCUCAAUCUAAAAAUAAAUAUAGCGCCUCAAACAGCAAGAGGCCGAUUCCAAAUUCAGGUAAAUCCUACUCAAGUUCAAAUCAGAAGCUCGGAAGAGGAGAAUCAGAAAGGUAUCCCAAAACAGUCAACAAGAGUCGCGGGAUUGAACACCUGUACAUUAACGGGGAUAAUAGAACCAAGACUCCUACGAAGUCUGGAAAAGUACCAAGUUCAUCAGAACCACCUUCGCCUUCUGGACAGGAUGUUAGUGAUGAUGUCAUGCAAACUGCCUCACCUGAGAGACAAGCAAAUAGCAUUCCUCAGAAGGCAAGAACGCCUGCUAAGAAGUCUUUUGUCAAAGGUGGAUCUCAUACAACUUGGGCAUCUCUGGACUUGGGAAAUACUGAAGCUGAGAUUGUUUCUGCACCAGAUGGAAGGCCUGUUCGAAUUACCAGAAGUUUGCAGUCAAAGCUAGAUGGUGUCAGUGGAAAUGGGUGCCCCCCUUCAGAUUUCAAUUCACAAAUUUUAGAUCAGUUGAAAGAGGAGAAUCGUCAAUUAAAGGAAAGAUUAAAAAGAAGGGAGGAAGAUAUUUUAGGUGACUUGCUGCGGGAUUUACAGUAUGAAAGAGAGAGAUGUAGAUUACUUGAAACUAAGCUCCUGGAGGCAACACGGAAAGCCGAGGAACUGAACAAGGAACAAGAAAGUCUGGUAGAUAUAUUCUCAGAGGAGAGGGAGCGGCGAGACAGUGAGGAGGAAACUUUACGAAAGAAAUUAAAGAUUGCAUCAAAUACAAUUCAAGAGUUGCUUGACAAAGUAAGGAUCUUGGAGAAGAAUUCCUAAGAACGCCAGUGGCAUUAUGGUUUUGUUAUCUAUGUACAUGACGACGGAGACCAAAUUUUUGUACGAGAAAGCAGUAUUGUUGUAUGUAUAUGAUGUGUAGUGACAACUUAGAGUAGUUACUCUUGUUAAUGCUGUAUGUAUUCCAAGUAGUUACUAAUUCCUAGUAAUGAAUUUCCCGGUAUCAGUUUAUACUAUUUUAUUUUAUUUUAUUUUUAUUUUUA